AACAGCAUGGCCCUCAGUACGACGACCGAUGCAUCGGUGGAUGAGAUCGCACAAAAACGGCUCGAGUGUCUGGAAACGCUGAAUGAAACCGUCGACACGACGAUAUCGGGACUCUUCUGCCCCGGGACGUGGGAUGGGUGGUUAUGUUGGCCGGACACUGCUGCAGGCACUUCGGCAUACGCCCUCUGUCCCGCCUUCAUAUCAGGUUUCGAUCCAACGAGGUUUGCGCACAAAGUGUGCAGUGAGAAUGGGGAAUGGUUCCGGCAUCCGGAGACGAACAGGAGCUGGUCCAACUACACAACCUGCAUCAACCUGGACGACUUCGAGUGGCGGAAACAGGUGAACCUAAUAUACGAAACCGGAUACGCCAUCUCGCUGAUAGCCAUACUGCUAUCGCUCGCUAUUUUAAGCUACUUUAGAUCGUUAAAAUGCGCACGAAUAACGCUACACAUGAACCUGUUCGUAUCCUUUGCCUGCAACAACUCCCUCUGGCUGCUGUGGUACCGGCUGGUGUUGACCGAUCUCGAUCUCCUGAAGGAAAGCGGUGCUGGCUGCAUCACGCUGCAUCUGGUGUUGCACUACUUUCUCCUGACCAACUACUCCUGGAUGCUGUGCGAAGGAUUCUACCUUCACACCGUGCUGGUGUCGGCGUUCGUGUCGGAGAAGAAGCUGCUCAAAUGGUUGCUGGCGCUCGGGUGGGGUUCGCCCGCCUUCUUCAUCGUGCUGUACGGGUUUCUGCGUGGAUAUGCCAGCCCACCGAACGAUACGAUAGAGUGCUGGAUGAACGAUAGUUCCUUCAACAAGGUGUUCGUCGGACCGGUGUGCAUUUCGAUGUUGCUGAAUCUGGUGUUCCUGUUCAACAUCAUGCGGGUGUUGCUGCUGAAGCUGAAAGCUCCGGCCGGCCCUCAGGGUGCCGGUCCGUCUAGAACGAUCUUGCAAGCAUUCCGCGCAACCCUUCUUCUGGUGCCCCUGCUCGGCCUCCAGUACAUACUGACGCCGUUUCGUCCGGGCAAUGGUCACCCGUACGAGCGAACGUACGAAACGAUGCUGGCGUGCACCUCCUCGUUUCAGGGGCUCUUUGUGGCGGUACUUUUCUGCUUCCUGAACGGGGAGGUCAUCGCACAAGUGAAGCGCAAGUGGCGCACCGUGUUCCUGCGUACCCGCGCCAACUCCUACACCGCGACGCAAGUGUCCGUAAUCCUACGCUAUAUCUGAGACGAGUUUUUAGAAAAAAAAUCAAUUGAAUGCAAGUAUCUUUGUUUUUCAUUUUUUUACCCUACUUAAGAAAAACAAUUGACGUCAGUCCUUUUUCUACCUUCUUUCUCUUCACAUGUGAAUAUUUACCAUCUUUUGUGUUCCUCUUGUUUGCAUAUUUUUUGCCUUUCAUUUUCGGUGAACCAAAAAUUUGUAAAAUCACACCAAAAAACUAUUCAUCAAAAACAAUAGCCGUUCCGUUCCAGCCGCACAAAACAGCUGUUGACUUAUUUUUUAUGAUUUUUUUUCUUCUCUUUUGUGUUUUUGUGCAAAAUCGUUUCACUUCGGACAGUGUUUGUUUUUGGUUUCAUUCAAUUUUCAUACAUUUUAAGCGGUUUUACAUUUUUCCUUGCUUUUUACGAUUCCAUUUUCAAUUAAAACAUUCUAUUAAAAACGUUUUUUUUUUCAAAAGACUUCAUUUUUAUGUUAUGCAUUCAUUUUGUUUCCAUUUACACAUUCCCGUGCGUCUCUCACGUAGGACACAGUAGCCGCACCAGCAUUUUUGUAUUUUCACAUUUACUUUGUACAAUUUUUAGUCACCUUGUUCGACCAUUUUUCCACCUAGUUGCUCCUUUCUCACUGCUCGUUCUAUUUUCCUCCUCGCUCACCCUCUCGCACCUUUUUUCUCUCUCACAAACACACUCAACCGGUUGCCGUUGUUCUUCAUCACUCCACUCUGUCUGUACCUUGUACUCUACCACUCUUCACCACUUUUCUCUCCUCCUCCCUCCCCUCUCUCUCUCUCUCUCUCUCUCUCUCUCUUUCUCUCUCUCUCUCUCUCUCAUUCUCUUACUCUCUGCGUGUAUUUUAUGUCUGUACUGUCCGAAGUAUAAAAUAAAUCCCCACAUUCUAAUCACAGCCGGUCACCUUGCAGUUCGUCCGUUGCGGUCCACCGGUGCCAGGUGAGGAGAAGGUUUGACUAAAGGAGUACACCGACCGCGGCCCUGCCAAAUCCACCCGCAAACCGUUUUCCUGCCGCACCCGGAAGCGUUCCUUGCUUCUGCCGACUUCCUGCAUGGAGGCGUCGGAUGCACCACCUACCAGCACAAUGUCACGGACGGACCACCACCGUACCACGGUCUUUGAUCCAACCGUCACAACCGUCACCUCGGCUACAACGACCACGGCUGCCACCGAUACCGCAACUGCGACCUCUCAACCAGCUCAAAGAGUACACUUCCGACCGGAACUGGUGUCCGAUGCUGGGCCGGAUGGUAAAGCUUCGCUCGCGGAACCAGCGGCCACAACCAACGGUCACACCCACCGACAGCCAGUGAACGGGUUUCACGCAGCAGUGGACGACUUGCCGGACGACGUUGAGCCACCGGCGGAUGAAAUCCUUUAAACAGGUCCGCGUUACGCUCCUUCGGCUAGCUUUAAAACGAGGUUUAAGUUGCAACGGUGAAACUAGUUUUAAAAAUCAAGAAGAGGAAACAAUACGGCCAAACCAAAACCAAACUAUCGUACGUAACUAUCGUGUUUUGCGUGAAAAUGACGCGUUGUGGGGGGGAAGUAGAGGGUUUUAUAAAAUACUUUUAAAAUAAACAAUCGUUCCUGUCCUCUUUGACGCUUUUUUUACGCGUAACGUAAGAAGUCUCUGCACGUGUUUGCAGCAUGUAGAUAUGAUAAUUUGAUUUUACUUUAAAGCACGGUAUACCCGCUUUAACGAUCGCUUCCCAUACCAACUCCAUGGUACUGUGUUGUCAGAUACAAAAGGAAUAUGUACUUGUGUUUUGCACGGCAAAGAAAACAGACCGAUAAAUAAGAAUAAAUGUUAUUACAAUGUAGUGAAUGAUUUAUAAAAGGUGGGAGAAACGAAAAUUGAAAGAGGAAAAGCCUCUGGAUUGUUCGUAUAUUCAUGACUGUGUCAUUUGCCAAUGUGAAAUAAAUAGUUUCUGUAAACAGGUGGAAGCAAAUUUGUACAAGGGAAGCAUUAACCUUGCAAUUUCCCGCUAAGAUUAAACCAAAAACAAAACCAGAGUAUAGCUACACUUAAAGAAAAAUACAAUCCAUAUAAAAUCACUCGAAAAAAGCCGUCGUAAUGUUAAGCCGUUCGUGGAUAGGAUCAACGCAACCUACGAGCCAAUGUAAUGAAAGAAAAUUUAAUGAAACAAUUUCGCAAAGCGUUCGGCUAUACUGUGUGAAAGUCAGUUGCGUUAUUAUUAAAACUAUAGAAUCAAAACAAAACACAAUAGUACGCAACCACACACAUAACACACACCAACUCAUCUAGAUAAAUACAAAACGAGUAGAUAAAUUGUAGGUUUAUACAGAAUGGAAAGGCAAACUGUAACUCAAGUGAAUGUUUCGAUUUUUUUUCUUAUUUUAUUGCUCUAAAAACAUAAACGUAAUACGCGGCAAAUGUAAAACGGAAACAAAAUUUGUGUAGAACAAAAUAAAAAAUGAAAUGAAACAAUCUAUGAAAUUUUACCAUAAAUUCAUACGCACUCGUUGUUGGUGAAGCAACAACUUCACCGGAAUGGGAGGGAGAAACGCAUGAAAUAAAGAGAUCCAAUUUGCAAGUGAAA